AUGGUCUCAAACUGUGAGAUGUCUAGCAAAGACGUCAAUGGAGUCCUCAAAGCAUCCCAAGUUGUAUCCUCGAAUCGCAAUAUACCCUCCUCGGACACAGUGGGAGAAGUAGUGACCAGUCCUGAAGGAAGGGUAACCGCCGGUGCCGUUCUUACAGUCAUUGCCGUUGUCUUUGUCUACAUGGGCCAUAUGCUGCAGAUUAAUGGACUGGGCUUUCUGGGCCAAACCAUCACUAGUGAUAUCGGCGGGCAGGAUAAAACUGCCUGGCUUGUCAUCAUCUUCGCUCUCGUCCCUACCGUUGCAGGACCUCCAAUUUCCCAGAUUGCAGACUUCUGGGGUCGCAAAUGGUUAGUCGUCAUCACAGCUUACAUCAGCAUGGUCGGUUGUAUCAUUUUUAGUCGCUCCGAUUCCAUCGGAAUGGCAUUGGGAUCUUCUGUGGUGGCUGGCGCUUCGUCUGCUUGUCAAUCCAUUCUUCAUGCCGUUCCGUCUGAGGUGCUUCCUCGCAGGUAUCGCCCAUGGGCCCAGACCGCAGUCAUCCUGUCAGCUGGAAUUGGUGCCAUUUUUGGGCUGUACGCGGCAGGGGGAAUGGUCGAGACGAACGUCUCGGGAUGGCGACCAUACUUCUAUAUGCUCGCGAGCGUAUAUUUCAUCGGUGGAUCACUCGUCCUUGUCUUCUAUCGACCAAAGCCACGACAGGAGCAACAGCUGAGCCUCUCGGCCAAGCUGCACGCGCUGGACUUGCCUGCAAUGGGUUUGAUCAUUGUCUCACUUUUGACCCUGUGUAUCGGCUUAGGGUAUUCAAACAACCCGUAUCCGUGGACCAACGUACACGUUCUGGCACCGUUCGUUGUGGGUGUUGUCAGCAUCGGCGGAUUAGCAUGGUAUUCAAUCUUCUACAACAUUCACGGGCUCUUCGACCACGACCUUUACCAAACUCGAAACUUUGCCAUUGCCCAAGCCGGGGUCUUUACAGAAUCUCUCGCUUUCAUAGCUGUGGCCAACUACUUCGGUUUCCAAUGCAGCCUCAUUUAUGGACAAGGGCACUUCACAUCCGGUCUUAUAUACAGCAUUGUGUACUAUGCGUCAAUAGUAACUACUCUGUUGACUGGGUGGUAUUGCUCCAGGACGAAAAAGGUUCGACCACCAGCCCUACUGGCCUUCAUAGCCUUCGGAAUAUAUUUUAUCCUGAUGGCCACGGCGACCCGAUCAACACCAGUUGCCAAUUUGUGGGGCUACAAUGUCUUCAUCGGUAUGGGUCUAGCACUUUCGCUAAAUCCUCUUGUUGUAGCUGCUCAAUUGUCCACCCCUGCUCGUCUGAUAUCGACCGGUACUGGCCUACUCAUCGCUACAAGAGCUCUUGGUGGAUCGGUAGGGCUUGCCAUCUUCAAUGCUCUUUUUAAUUCCACCGUUCAAAAGAACCUUGUCUCCAAGAUUCUGGCAGCAAUUAUCCCAUUGGGACUGCCGGAGGCCAGCGUCGAGCCCUUUGUCAGCGCACUGGCCGCUAGAAAUGAAGAGCUGUUGGCCAAAGUUCCGGGAGUAACCCCAGAUAUCAUAGAAGCUGGGUUGCAAGGGAUGCUGGACGCUUAUGGACUUGCUUUUCGCAAUGUCUACAUCACCGGCGCUUGCUUCAGCGCCGCUGCGUUUCUAAGUACGCGCCUCCCGAUUUUUAUAUACUCCCCCUUUCAUAACGAUGGCUAA